AUUAUAUAUUAACUACGUUUAGAGGAACACGGGAUGGAUGUCCCGCAACGUGAGUCCUUUAUUACACAGUGGACAUCGAUGCAUAUCGACGAUGGCUUGGGCGAUGCAGUCCCUGCAGUACACAUGACCGCAUCUUGUGGAUGUGAUGGACACCAUGGUGUCGAGACAUAGAGGGCAUCGCAUGUGGAACUUGGCCGCGUUGAUCGAAUCUUGCUGGACACGACCGACGUCUUCCGCAGGAACUGGUGGAAUAGGUGGGACCACCAUGCCGUCUGCACGUCGUCGCUUCAGAGGACGUGGUGGGGAACUGUUCAUUGCAUCGUCGACUAAAUCGAUCGCAGUAGACGCAGUUGUCGGCAGCGGUCUCGGAUUGGUUGUCGGACUUCUGUAAUGACAACGUCGUCGUCGUCAUCGACCUGCUCGGCGGCCUGCACUACCACUGGUACUCCAAGCACCGCCUCAACCGUGGCGGGUACACCCACGUCCGAUGAGGCGUCGUCGCUCGAAGCGGAUGAUUCUACAAAGUCGCUCUGGACUUGCGCGGCAUCGUCGGUCGCGGAUGCAUGGACGCGGAGCAUCUUGUGUGGACGUAGAAGUCAAAUCUGCAUACAAACAUUCUUGGAAGGCCAGCAAAUGCGUCAUUUAUUAAAAACCUGAUUCUAUGACGACGUUUUAUUCCAAAAUGCCGCCUGUUUUUGGCAAAUAAUUUCGAGAUAUUUUGCGUUUUGUUUUCAAUGUAAUAUCUCGACGACAACACUUCGUGAUCAGCAAGCCAGACGCCAGAGCAUUAUGGACGAUCAGUUUGUGGGGUACAAUGCGUGGGCAGCGGAAGCCCUGGACAUUGCCGUGAAUGCCGACUUGGUGUACGAGGAGACGAGCGAAGGUGGCGACCGCGGCGUGUACAUCUCGGACGAGAUUCAGGCGCAGACGACGAUCUUAUCGAUUCCAGCGGCAAGUUUGCUGAACGUGCACACAAUGGCGCAGUCUGUGCUGCGGGACCUGGUGUCGCUGCCUCUCCGUGAAGACGACUGCUUGGCGUGGUUUCUCAUCUACGAGCGGUUCGUGAACCCCCAGAGCAAGUGGAAGCGUCAUCUGGACGUGAUGCCCCAGGCGUUCCACAACAUUUUGUACUUUACCGAGGACGAAAUCAACAUGUUGCAAGGCAGCAACGUGUACUACGUGGCACUGCAGCUGAAGCAGCAAGUCGCGUCCGACUUUGGCGAGUUGCAGCGAACGUUGCUCCCAACCACGCUGCGGCUCCUACACGCCGACCACUCGGCUGACGACCUCAUCCGUGUGUUUACGAUCGAGAACUACAAGUGGGCGUUGUCGGUGAUCUGGAGUCGCUUCGUCUCGAUCGCCAUCCACGCCACCGCCGCCGACGACGACGACGAUACCACCGCCGCCGUCAAGAGCAUGGUGCCAGUCUUUGACAUGUUCAACCACGAUCCCUUCGCGCAAAUGAGCCACGGCUUCGACCCCACGACCAACUCGUUUGUCCUGCGGUCGCACCAGCAUUGGCCGGCCGGGUCCCAAGUGUACAUGAACUAUGGAGCGUUGCCCAACCAUAAACUUCUCACAUUGUACGGGUUCGUCUUGCCCUCAAAUCCAUUCGACGUGGUCGAGCUGUGGGCUCCCAUGCACGAGGACGUGCCUUCGUAUGACCGUAAGCUGGCCCUGCUCACGGCCCACGGCCUCGCCGAACAUGCGACGUCCACCCCCUUUGAUCUGUACUCCGACAGCGUCAACGACGAACUCCUCGCGAGCCUUCGCAUCCAGCGGCUAACUGACACGGAGCUGAGCCAGUUCGAGUCGGGCACCCCCCACUUUGCGUUUGAGCCCAUUCACGAUGAUAACGAAAAGGACACCCUCACGGCACUCAUUUACGCGCUGCAGCAAAUGCUAGCGGCGUUUCCUACUGCCGUUGAGGACGACGAGGCCGAGUUGGCUGCCCGACAAGAAGGCGACGACGAACAAGAAACAGGCGACGAAGCCUCGCACCAUGUCAUGGCUCUCCAUCUGCGCGUAUCCGACAAGCGCAUUUUGCACGCGCAGAUCGACAUGCUGCAGGAAUUGCUGCUGCCAGUGCUGGCUCGAUUGAACUUAGCGAGCCAAGACUAAGUGAAUCCACGGGUGGUGGAAAUGUAGUAAGGCAUACGAAAGUACAUAGAGGGAUAAGCACAGAAAAUAUAUGGUCGUGUGCAUGUAUACAGUA